AUGAGUUAUGCAACUGCAAUCAUCAAUGAGUUGCCAAACAAAAUGGGAGAUCCGAGCCAAUUAACUUUUCCUUGUGAAUUUGGAAAUUCUACUUCGAUAAAUGCUUUAGCCGAUUCGGGGGAAAGCAUCAAUAUUAUGCCAUAUUCUUUCUAUAAGAAGCUCGGUCUACCAAGGCUCCAAGACAUGAAGAUGACACUUGGAAUGGCUGAUCACUUGAUUACUAACCCACAUGGAAUUAUUCGAGAUUUAUUGGUGAAAGUGCGAACAUUUAUUUUUUCGGUUGACUUUGUGGUAUUGGAUAUGAAGGAAGAUGAAGACCUUCCUAUACGUUUAGGAAGACCAUUCUUGGUUACUGCAAAAGCACUUAUUGACAUCCAUGACUCAAAGCUUACAUUUCAUGUAUAA